AUGAUCCUACGAUUUCCCACCCCACACAUCGGCUCAUCCAUUUUCUUUUUUAUUUUCUGGGUAUUUCACUACGGGUCCGCUUCUUUUGUCGAAUUCCCGCCGUACAAGCCAAGCGAGCAGUAUAAAUGCGGCGCCUUCUUGCGUGGACGGGUCGACGAUCGGGCACUUUCGCUGUACUACAGCGGCAUACGACAGUUUGUUGAUUGGGUGUCGCAGCCGUUUCCGCACCGGGAAUUGCUUUCGAACGAUGCCCUCCGCGGUGUCUUCAAGGAGUGGCGUGGCUCACUGGAGAACCGUUCCCUUCAGUGGUUCUCGUGGCAACAAUGGUGGUUGGCGGUAGCCGGAGGACUUCUACUGCUCUCCGUCCUCUUCCCGGUCAUCUAUGUGUUAUACAGAUGUUGUCUCUGUUGUUGCGAAGAUGACGAGAAGAAGACGACCACCGACUCGCAGUACGACGGGUGCAAGCGGAAUUUUUUGAACAUUUGCAUCGCCGUGCUGAUCGUCAUUAAUGUCUUCGCUGCCGCGACCCUCCUCGUUACAUCCCAGUACGCAGAGUACGGACUUGACGAAUUGCCGAACCGGUUGAACCAGUGCGUCGACGACUUGAACUUGUACAAGCGGGAAACGGACUUGAAAAUCCGCAAGUUACUGAUCGACGACUUCAACCUGGUGUCCAACUCGUUAAUGCAACAAAUUGCUCACGCCGGGCAUGCCGUAGUUGAUCGGGUCAAGCGGGCAACUGGUGCUCAUGCCAUUGAUGUAUUCUUGAACAUCACGCAAGGAGCCUCAGAUGUCCGCUUCAUCCUCUCCGAGGUCACCCAACAAACCCGUGAGCUCAACGAAGCCGCCGGGCAGUUCGCGGUGGAAUUUGGAAGAUUACGGAAAACAGCCGAGAACGAGAUUGCUCAAUGUACACAUACAGAAACGGACGCCUUGAAGACGAUGUGCCUCCAGGCUCAGCGACUUUUGGACAACAUCAGUAGUAUCAAAUUUGAGAUUAGUGAGGAAUUCCUCAUGGGCGAAAACGUAAAGGCCUUGACACGGGUAGCCAACGCCGAGGUAACGACACUUCUCGAGCAGUCCAACCAGCAGUUUGUCGUACUUGAAAACGAGUUGCAACGGCAUAUCACGGAACGGUCUUACUCCGCUCAAAACAUGCUCAAGUCGAUCGGCGACGACCUUUUCCAAGUCGCUGAGGGUGUUUCGAGUCAUAUUCGACAGCUCAACUUCGACCUUCUCUACCAAGCCAUCGCACUCUACAAUGGGGAUCAGUAUUAUCCGAUCAAGGACUGGAUACACUACAGCUGGUACGGCUCCCUCGCCGUCACCGCCUUGGUCUGCUUGGCCUCCCUGUCCUUCCUAUUCGGGUUGUUCUUCGGAAUCUGCGGCCGUCGCCCGACGUAUUACAACGAUGACUGCUGCGUCAGAGCUACUGGCGCUAGCUUUUACUCAUGUGGUAUCUGGAUGUUACUCGGGCUUUUCACCGUCCUCUCGGUGUUGACCGUCACAUUGCUGCUGAUCUUUGGCAAUGCUACAAGUUUGGUGUGCAAUCCACUAGAUGAUCCGUUGAGUCACCCGGAUAUGAUGUCGUUGAUGGAACGCUACGUCGAAAUGGCCAAGCACAGCGAGCAGUGGAACCAAUCCGAACUUGGCCAAAUGUUGGACAAGCGAAGCCCAGUCGAAGUCAUCCGAGCUUGCCAGAGGAACGAGACCUUCUACCAGAUCUUCGACCUCGACAAGAAGUACCACCUCGCAGAUCUGAACAAAUUCGACCAAGAAGCCAUGAAACAACUUGAUGAACAGCUAGGAAAUGCUCUUGAUCAGCUACCAAUCGACCGGCCAAUCGGAGCCUUUGUCAGUCAAAAGGAGAUCGCCGAGCUACAAUCACUUUCCGACGUCAACAUCACACAGUUGUCUUCGGAAGGGCUGGCCAAGAUCAAGCAAAGCAUCGACUCCUUGGAUCUGAUGAGCAAACUCAACAGCUUCACGAGUGAUGCUGAUGCUCAACAUUCUGGAAGGCCACAGGCUGUCAGUUCCAUCAUCGAGCAAGUCCGGGAGAUUGACGAACGGAUCGCCCAGCCGCUGAGGAGUCGCUUGGAAGUCUUGUACAAAAACUUGACCGACUUGGAUACAAGGCUUCACGAGCUUCAAGUCCCGGUCUCAUCGCUGAUUGGGAAGCUGGAACACGCUCAAGCACUACUAUCUCAGGACGUCCGCUCCCACGUUGAACAGGCCGCCCGUGACGUCCUCAGGCAGUUGAUCAACACCUUCGAGCAGUACGUGGAGCACACCAAGUUCCAGAUCGAAAACGAUGUCUCUUCCUGCGGACCGAUCUCGGAUGUUGCACGAAAUUCAAGAGCUGCACUUUGUGGACAUACCAUCGAUCCUAUCAACGGCGCCUGGAUGUCGUUGCUGAUCUCCCUACUCGUUUCCUUCCCAAUCGUGCUGAUGGCUACCGCACUUCGAAGACUCUACAAUAAAAUGCACGCCUAUCCGAAAUACGUGGUCCACGAGCCAAAUUCGAUCGAUCACCAAAUGUCGUCAUUCGUCACGGAUAUCUAUGACGCCAGAAUAAAACCGGGCUAUCCAAACUACACGUACAUGGAUGACUACCACCGCCAUUAUCGA